AUGUUUUCGAGUAAUCGGCCUUAUCACACCCACUACAGAGCUCAGUUCAACAAGCUCAAAUCCUCCCCAGAUGAGGAGUUUGCCGGAAUACCCUUAGAUGUGCUCCGAAGUCGGCUUCGGAAGCAGCGAUCAUCUAUCAAACUGCGAGAUGAUCAGAUCGAGGCUCUCCUCAGAGAAGCUGAUAAGAAUGGCGACCAACGGAUUACGAUCGACGAAUUCGAGGAACUGGUAACAUCAAAAGAGGCUCAGUCGUCACAAGUGAAGCGGGCUCUAUAUUACAUUGCCGAUCAAGUGAUCACUCCACAACAACGUGUAGAAGUUCACUCAUAUAUUGAUGAGUACACCUGCUGUCCUCCUCCUUUGUUCAUACUAACCAUCACAAUCGUUGAGAUGGCCGUCUUCUUUUACUACUACUACACAGAACGAAUUCCUCCUGGUGAGGACAUAUUCACAUUCUGUGCAGGCUGCCAUGUCGACAACCAUAUAGGCCCUUUACUCUUCGCUCCCAAACUAAGGGCUCAAGUAUGGCGUUUUCUCACCUACGCUCUUCUCCAUGCAGGACUACUUCAUCUACUCGGCAAUAUGGUGGUUCAAAUUGUAAUAGGAGUCCCUCUUGAAAUCGUUCAUAAACCAUGGCGAAUAGGACCCCUAUAUCUGAUGGCCGUACUAACAGGCGCUCUUCUCCAGUACACACUUGAUCCGGCAGUGUAUGUGGUAGGCGCAUCUGCGGGAGUAUACGCCUUGCUCACUGCUCAUCUUGCUAACAUCUUCAUUAAUUGGGCCGAAAUGCCAUAUCACUGGGUGCGGCUGGCGCUUAUUUCGAUCUUUCUCACGUUUGACAUCGGAAGUGCCAUCUUCCGUCGUAUGUGCUCAAAUGAAUGCGAGACGGUAUGUUUCAUGUUCUGA